UAAAACUUGGCCGUCACUAGCUUUUUUUACUACUCUGCUCUCUCUCUCACUCUCUAUUCCUCUCUUCUUCAAGCUCUGUGUCCCUCGGUACAGAGCAGAAACCAAAAGCCCUAAGAAAACCUCGACCGCCAUGGAUUUGCAGCACAACGACUUCGAUCGGAUCCUCUUCUUCGAGCACGCUCGUAAGACCGCCGAAGCUACUCACGCUAAGAACCCUUCCGAUGCGGAUAACUUGACAAGGUGGGCUGGAGCUCUAUUGGAGUUAUCUCAAUUUCAGAAUGUGCAAGAGUCCAAAAUUAUGAUCCAAGAUGCAAUUUCGAAGCUGGAGGAGGUGUUGGUGCUUAAACCUAAGAAACAUGAUGCUCUUUGGUGCCUGGGAAAUGCACAUACUUCUCAUGCGUUUUUGACACCGGAUGCGGAAGAGGCAAAGGAAUAUUUUGACACCGCGGCUGAGUACUUCAAGAAAGCUGUUGCUGAGGAACCAGGAAAUGAUCUCUAUCGGAAAUCUUUGGAAGUGUCUGCUAAGGCCCCGGAAUUGCAUGUGGAAAUCCAUAGGCAUGGUAUUGGUCAGCAGAUGACGGGGGCUGCUGCUGGGCCUUCUACUUCCUCUGGUACAAUGGCUGCAAAGAAAAAGAAGAGCAGCGAUCUCAAGUAUGACAUAUUUGGUUGGAUAAUCCUUGCUGUCGGAAUUGUCGCUUGGGUAGGAUUUGGGAAAUCUAAUGUACCUCCCCCGCCUCAGCAGUGAGCAUAGCAUUCUUGGUUGGUCACAAUCUUUGGCACUCUGGAAGGCGCUUUGGAGAUUUGUCAUUCAUCACCCCGUAGAGCUGCAUGUGAAAUUGACUCAUAUGUUGCUGACCAUCCAUCAGUUAACUUUUACCUUGGAAAUAUUUGCCAAUGUAACUUUUAGAUGAUAGUAUCGACUUUUCUCUAGUAAAAUAUAUUGGAGGUUGGGCAGCUCGUUUUCUAGACGUUGGUUUGUCUUUGCCAAGUCAAUUCCUUGGUCUCAAUUCUAAUGCUCCUCACAAGCUCAGUAUAUUUGCUCUAAUUCGCUUUA